AGGCGAGUACCGCUUCACAACGUCAUUGGCACCACAUUUGGCCAAUGGGUUCUCGUUCUUUGCCUUUUCGUCUUCUUGCAGUGUAGUGGAACAGUUCUUUGGAGGCUUUCUGGGGGCAAUGAUGAGUUCAGCACGACUUGGAAUGAUAGCUGGUGGAUAAGCUACACCUUGCUCAUUGAUAUUGGCACGCAAACAGGGCUGGCAGCGAAUGAGCGUCCGACCAUCAAAAUCGUGAGCGUUGUGAUUUCGUUGGUCGGGUUCGUCUAUUGCCUCACGUUGUUGGGCAUGGUGGUGGACCUGAUCCGCGAGGUGUUGGAUGACUGUCGCAUGCGCUUCAGCAGUGUGCCAGCGCAUGGGCAUUGGCUCAUCCUGGGCUGGGGCGACAAGACAUUGCUCCUGGUGGAUGAACUGCUUACCUCCAUCGCAUCGCGUCCACAGCGUCGUUGCGGUUGCUGUCGGAGGCGGCAAAUCGUUAUCCUCGCAGACAUGCCAGAGCAGCAGAUGGCUGAUGAGGUGAAGGUGCAUUGUUUGGCGGACCCACUUCUCCAGCGGAUUGGAACCCUUUUCUUUCCUAUCGUGCGCUACAAGCAGGGGAACCCCACAGACAUCUCCGAGCUCUUGCGUGUGAGCGCACCCAUGGCACAAGACAUCUUGGUUGCCAGCACCUCGGAGAAUGGGAACCUCUCAGACCUCAAAGCCAUCUCAGCCUUGUUGGCAGUCGCGGCAAUGCCCAAUGAUUCGCAAGUGACUGCAGACGUUUGGGUUGAAGUGUGUCAAGAACAGAGUCUUCGCGCGAUGAACAUCAUUUUACCUCAAGCUCGUGGCAUUGUCGCUCGAAAGCUGGUCAAUCGUAUUAUGGUGUUACGUGCGCUCGUGCCCUCUGCAGGCUUCG